ACAGUUCAUGGACAUUUUUUUUAACUGGUGGAGAAAACAGCAGGCAGCCUGUAACUUAUAGCAUGAUGCAAAAAAAGUGAAAAAGUGAACAUUUUCUGCUUCAUAGAGGCAGUAAUUAUGUCAGGAACGGUGUAUUUUGCAGGUGUACUUAUUAUUUUGUCCACACCUCGGCCUUUUCUGUUUGUGUGAGGUACCCUGAACAACAAAGACUGUGGUUUCCUGUGGUGUGUGCUGGUGCGAGAUAGAAAGACCUACAGCAUGACAUCUAGGAGGGGGAGAUGAGAAGGAUUUCUAAACCUUGAUUUGAAGAGAAAAGGCAAAUAAUAGAACUAUGGCACUGUCCAGCUCUCCAGCUCCUUUGUUGAUUGAAGACUCCAGCCUGAUUGACUGGAAGGUGAUCGGCUCCGGGGGAUUCGGACAGAUCUACAAAGCCAGGCAUCACAAGUGGUGCUGCGAUGUGGCCAUUAAACUGCUUCACUAUGACGACGGGACCAGCACAUCUCUGCUGCGUGAGAUCGACAUGAUGCGUCAGGGAAGCAGCCCGUACGUUAUUCAGGUCCUCGGGGUCUUCAGGGGUCGACUCCCCUCCUCUGGGAUGUCAACACACUUGGGUCUGGUCAUGGAGGUCAUGGAGAAGGGAUCGUUGGCCUCCUUACAGGACACCUUACGUGGGACUCCACCCUGGCCACUGAUCUUCAGACUGGCUCACCAAGUGGCUCUGGGUAUAAACUUCCUCCACAGUCUGUCCCCUGCCGUGCUCCACCUGGACCUGAAGCCCAGCAACGUGCUGCUGGACUCCUAUCUCAAUGCCAAGCUAACAGAUUUCGGCCUUGCCCGAUAUUACCACAGCGUCACGCGGGUUUCAAAGAAAGACAGUGAAGAGGAAGGGGGGACCCUCAGCUACAUGCCACCGGAGGCGUUUGACAUGUCGUACAGCCCGACCCGAGCCUCUGAUAUCUACAGUUAUGGUAUACUCUUAUGGUCCAUUGUCACAGGGAAACAACCAUAUGCAAAUGCCAUGUCCAGCAUAGUGCGGUUGCGCAUCCCGCAGGGAGACCGUCCAUCCCUGGACGAGAUCAGGAGCCAGACUGCGGGGCGUGCAGGGUUGACUGGACUGAUGAGCCUCAUGGAGAGAUGCUGGGAAGCAAAAGCCAACCAAAGGCCCUCCUCGCAUGAAUGUACGACUGAGACGGAAGAACUGUAUAAGAUGCACAAACAUGCAAUUCUUGACGCUGUCCACAAAGUGCUGAAGAAACUGGAUGAAAAGGAAGAAGAAAGUUUAACAGAGCAGGUUGAGACGGUUCAGAUCACUCAGGCUUCAGUGAGCACCAGAGUUGAAGCAGUAAAUGUUGAUAAUGUGCCGACAGGGCGCCCACCAAUUCAGGAAAUGGCUGGCGGUUGGUCUGCGUAUCCAAGAGACAAUGCAAGAGCUAAAGCUCCGCCUCCACCUCGACCUGCGAGUGCGUUCGACCUUGACCUGAGCCGCUCAUCGACAGACCAUAAUGUGAAAGUGUCCUCUGUCCACCCAAUUCAAUCGUCAUCACAGUUUCCUUCGACCGGGAGGCCACCUCAAAGCAGAGCAGCAACAGCUUCCCAGCAGGCUUUGAGGCAAAACCUGAUUCCACAGUACCACCGUCAGUCUUCCAGCCCUGACACCUUCCUCUGCCGUCCUCCGCCUGCUGCACGCAGCGUCCACAUCCACCUGAGCCACGUGACCGGAUUUCAGCACGGCGACAACAACACCAUGAUCAUCCACACCGCAGACAGCGUGGAGAGGAAACGGCACCCGACGGCACCAUCUAGCGUCAACCUCCCGCUGCCACAUUCAGGGGGCAGGAGUUCACACUGAGUUCUCUAAUUUUCUUUUACAGUUCUCCAUGCUCGCUUUGUCCCUUCUUGCACAACAGGAAGGUCAUGUUUUGUAAGUGAGUUGAGUUUUUCUUUUCUUGUAAUCUUUUACGGUUUUUGCUUUUCAAAUCUGGACAGGAUUCAGAUAUUGCUUUCAAUAGCAUGCAGUCUGUAUUACGCUUUGGUAUUUUUUAACAGUCUUUAUUUAUUUAGCUUCUUUUGUUAGAACAUUUUCGACCAAUGAGGAAAACUUCACACCUCCCUUUUGCUCUGUCAGCAUUAAAAUUGAGCCAAUGCUGGUCAUAUGGUUUUGCUUUUCCACCAACUGUGGUCAACAGAUAUCCACAGUCACAGUGCCAGCUCACCAUCAGGUGCCAAAAAACGCCUUAACAACAUCUUGACUAUUAAUCAAUCUGAGUGCCAGGUGCACAGAAGACGAGCGAUAGAUAUCAGAAACUCCUUAAUACUUUAAGCCUUCUCCGAAUAGUGGCAUCUCCACCUGUUUGGUAUGUCAUGGAGGUUAAAACAAACACGAAGAAUAAUUUGCUUGCACUGAAUCGAACUCAUAAACUGCAACCAAGAAAAUAUUCAGACCCAAAGAAAUGUGCGCGUAUGCAACGAUGCACAAGAAACCCAGAACUUUGCAGUUGAUGUAAUGGUGCUGCCAUAGAGAGUUGGCAUCUUGAAUACUUCACUUGGUUGAAACAUGAUGUAGCUUCAAUGAAGUGUUGGAACAAGCAAGUAUUUAUGUCAUAUUGUUAAAAUAAUUGCUUUAUCUUAAAGGAUAAUGCUAGCCUCAUUCAAUAUUUUUGCUAUUGUCAACAAAUCCCAUAAAAAGACGAAAACCAACAGAGUGAUAGUCCAUCUCUCAAGACUUCCUGACUUCCCUACCCUGUCUGUGACUCUCAGUCCCAAGCCCAGUGACUCCGAAUGAAGAGAUAAAACUUGAAACACUUGGGCUCUGUAGUUUUUAGCAUUAACCAAAAAGGAGUAAAUCGGGCCUUUUGCUCGGAACUAUUUUCAGAGGCGGUUGGUGGUUGAGGGGGUUUAGAGUAGCCUGACGGUGUAUGGGGGAUUGACUCAAAAUAAAGAAUGGAGCUCAGUGGUACAGAGCAGGAAGAUAUAUCAGGCUUUGGAUACAUAAUAUUGGUAGCAUCGAUCCAUUAAACAGGAUUUGUUGACUAUGAGAAAAAAAACAGAAUAUCUUCAGACUUAUCGUUUAAUUCUGAUGAUAUUAAGAACCUGGAGGUUGUAUUAGCUAAAAAGUGGUUUAUGAAGCUUCAGAUAACUUAAUAAAUUCUAUGUUUGUA